AUGACACACCUGUGGCUGCUGCCAUUGCUCCUGUCUCUGGCUCUGUCCAGCAUCUCUGUAAAUCUUGGCCAGCCAGCUGCAGCAGAAGCGGACAGUGAGGAGCGGGGUCGCCUGGAAGAGAUCUUGCAGAGGGCUGAGCACCUCCUUCUCCAGUCAAACCUGCAAAAACUAGAAGAGGAAAGAGAGAACGACUCAGAGUUGCAGGCCCCCCAGCUAGACUGGCUCGUGAAGAAGCAACACCCUGGGAAGAGAUUCUCUGAGGCCUUUGAGAAGAGGCAGCACCCAGGCAAAAGGGAGGAAGAAGAUGAGGUAGAGGAGGAGGACGUGGGGGAUGGAGGGGCCGUUGUGGAGGUCCACAGACGCCAGCACCCAGGCAAGCGUGAGGAGGAGGCCUGGGAGGCUGACAGCAAGCAGAAGAGGCAGCAUCCGGGCCGGCGGGCCUCCUGGGUCAAGGACAGUGAAGGUGACAUUUCCAAACGGCAGCACCCGGGCAAACGGAACCUGGGCCCGGACAGCCAAGGCCCUGCCUUCCCCUGCAGCCUCCGGGGGUCCUCCCACUGUGGCCUCUUACUAGAGCUCUUGGGGGAGAUCAGCAGGGGCCCGGGGCCUGAGAAGAGGCAGCACCCAGGGAGGAGGUCACUCUGGGGAGGAGAGGGAGCUGAUGGGGAAGAGGACUAA